AUGAAGCAAAGAAUUAGUGCACUAGACUUACUGCUGCUGGCCAGGGAGCUGAAGCAGGAUUUGGAAGGCUACAGAUUGAGCAACAUAUACAACAUUGCCGAUUCUUCAAAGCAAUUUUUGCUGAGAUUCAAUAAGCCGGAUUCUAAACUAAAUGUCGUUGUAGAUUGUGGAUUAAGAAUUUACCUAACCGAGUUUAGUAGACCAAUUCCUCCAACCCCCUCCGGUUUUGUUGUCAAGCUAAGAAAGCAUUUAAAGGCUAAACGACUAACCUCUUUAAGGCAAGUAGACCAAGAUAGAAUUCUUGUUCUGCAAUUUGCUGAUGGACAUUUCUACCUAGUACUGGAAUUUUUUAGUGCAGGUAAUGUUAUCCUUCUAGAUGAAAACAGAAGAAUUAUGUCCCUGCAAAGAGUGGUGUUGGAACACGAAAAUCAGGUUGGUCAAAUUUAUGAAAUGUUUGACGAAACACUUUUUGCCGCAGGUAAUGACUUUGUCAACGAAUCUCCGGAAAUCAUUAAAGAAAAGUACACCUCAAAUCUUGUCAAUGAGUGGAUAGAGGCGACUCAGAGCAAAUACGACUCAGAUAUUGCAGUUAUUAAGCAACUUAACAUUCAGAAUAAAAACGAUUCGAAAGAAAAGAAAGUUAAAGUUCCCUCCAUCCAUAAACUACUGCUUUCAAAGGUUCCUCACUUGUCUUCCGAUCUCCUAUCAAAGAAUUUGAAAGUAUUCAAUAUUGACCCUUCGAUGUCUUGUUUAGCACUUCUAGAUAGGACAAACACACUUGCAGAAAUGCUGAAUCGUACUCAAUCGGAGUAUAAUGAACUAUUAACUACUUCUGAUAGAAAGGGCUAUAUUUUGGCCAAAAAAAAUGAAAACUUCAAUUCUAUAAAGGAUCCCGCAGACCUAGAGUUUAUUUAUGAUACAUUCCAUCCCUUCAGACCAUAUAUCAAUGAGAAGAACAGUGGUUCCUUCAGAAUCGCUGACGUUGAAGGUCCUUACAAUAAGACGUUAGACAAGUUCUUCUCAACAAUAGAAUCUUCUAAGUAUGCCCUACGCAUCCAAAAUCAGGAGUCGCAAGCACAAAAGAAAAUAGAUGAUGCUCGUGCCGAAAAUGAUAGGAAAAUACAAGCUUUAUUGAACGUCCAGGAAUUAAACGAAAGAAAAGGUCACCUAAUAAUUGAAAAUGCCUCUCUAAUCGAGGAAGUAAAGCUUGCUGUUCAAGGGUUAGUUGAUCAACAAAUGGACUGGAGCACUAUUGAGAAAUUAAUUAAAAGUGAACAGAAAAAAGGUAACAAAAUUGCUCAAUUGUUAAACCUUCCUUUAAAUUUAAAGCAAAACAAGAUUAGCGUGAAGCUUGAUAUUUCUAGGGAAGAAGAGAGUAUAACCUCUUCGGAUGAAGACGAUGAAUCAGAAGAUAGCAGCAGUGAAGGCUCUAGUGAUUCUGGGGACAUGAGCACUUUUAAAGAGGAAAAUUCAAAAAAAAAAGGUCAAUCCAAUAAUGCGCUAAAUGUCACAAUCGACCUUGGUUUAUCAGCCUACGCUAAUGCAUCUGAAUACUUCAAUAUUAAGAAAACGAGUGCCGAAAAACAGAAGAAAGUAGAAAAGAAUGUCGGAAAGGCUAUGAAGAAUAUUGAAGUCAAAAUUGAUCAACAACUAAAGAGAAAGCUAAAAGAAUCUCAUAGUGUCUUAAAGAAGGUUCGGACCCCUUACUUUUUUGAAAAAUAUAACUGGUUUAUUUCCAGCGAGGGAUUUUUGGUCAUGAUGGGUAAAAGCCCAGCUGAGACAGAUCAAAUCUACUCUAAGUACAUUGAAGAUGAUGAUAUUUACAUGUCGAAUAGUUUUAAUACACAUGUAUGGAUCAAAAAUCCAGACAAGACCGAAGUUCCUCCAAACACCUUGAUGCAAGCUGGUAUACUAUGCAUGUCCUCAAGCGAGGCAUGGUCUAAAAAGAUAGCUUCAUCUCCGUGGUGGUGCUUUGCUAAGAACGUCUGUAAAUUUGAUAGCUCUGAUAACAGCAUUUUACCAGAAGGUGCCUUAAGAUUAAAGAAUGAAAAAGACCUAAAUCUUUUACCGCCUGCCCAACUUGUAAUGGGAUUCGCAUUUUUAUGGAAAGUGAAGACAGGUGAAAAUAAUGAAGAAAAUGAUGAAGAUGAUGAGAAAGAAGAAGAAGAAGAAGAAGAAGAAGAAGAAGAAGAAGAAGAAGAAGGAGAAGAAGGAGAAGAAGGAGAAGAAAUUGAUGAGUCAUCGAAAAACGAGAACGAAAAUGCGGAUGGUGUCGCAAAUAGCAACGAUGAUGACCCUAACAACAUCAAAAGAGGGAUCGAAAGAGAAAACAUCGACAACACAAAAAUAUCUGAAUUAACUUUGAAUUUGGAAAAGAGGGAAACUAGCAGUAACAGUGAUGGUGAGCAGACUGUAACUGAGAAACAGAGCAUUCCGAUAUCUGUAGUUGACAGCAUGAACAACAAAGUCCGUGGUAAGAGAGGAAAGUUAAAGAAAAUCCAAAGAAAAUAUGCUGAUCAAGAUGAGCAAGAGCGUUUCUUGCGUUUAGAGGCUUUGGGCACUUUGAAGGGUAUCGAGAAGCAACAGCAAAAGAAGAAAGAGCAAUUAAUGAGACAAGAACUUAGAGAGGACAAAAAGAAUAAACGGGAAAAACAAAGGCAAUUACAAGCUUUGAAAUUCACUAAAAAGGAAAAGGCAAAGGUUAGCUAUGACAAACAUAUGACUGAAUUAAAGCCAUCUCUCAAUAAAGAUGAUAUAGUUGUCGAUAUUGUGCCUGUAUUUGCUCCCUGGCCUGCACUUUUGAAAUAUAAGUAUAAGGUAAAAAUUCAACCCGGCAACGCAAAGAAAACGAAGACCUUGACAGAAAUUUUGCACUAUUUUAAAAAUAGGCCAGUAGACAUUUCUUCUGCCGACAAAGAAAUGGAUUGGCCGCAGGAACAUGAAAUGAUCAAAAGUUUGAAGGAACACGAUCUGGUUCUCCUACUAUGUGUCGAUAAAUUGAAAAUAACUAUUGCUGGGCAAAAAUCUACCAAGAACAGUGGUGGUUCACAGAAGGGCAAAAAGAGCUCAAAGUCAGCUGGCAUGAAAAAAAAUAGAUAA